AUGAUGAUGAGUAGUAGCGCACAGGACACGGCAGAGGUGGAGACUCUGACGGCUAGCAUCAAAGCAAAGGGAGAUGAGAUAAGAAGUCUGAAAGAGGGAGGGGCGGACAAGGAAUCCCUCGGCCCUACGAUCGCGGAGUUGGUCGCUCUGAAGGCGGACUUCGAGCGGGUGACGGGGUCGCCGUUCGACACCCCUAAGAAGACCAAGGCCAAGAAGACGGCCCCCGCUGAUGACAAAAAAGGCGGGAACGCUUCCAAGGCCGACCAACAGGCGUCUCGCCGCAUCACCCCAAGGGCGGAGAACUUCAGCCAGUGGUACUUGGACAUCAUCGCGGCGUCGGAGAUGACGGAGAACAGCCCCACGAAGGGCUGCAUGGUGAUCAGGCCCUGGGGCAUGGCUAUCUGGGACGCCUUCAAGGACGAUAUGGACAAGCGUAUCAAGACGUACGACGUAGACAACGCGUACUUCCCGCUGCUGAUCCCCCAGAGCUUCCUCACCAAGGAGGCCGAGCACGUCGACGGUUUCGCCAAGGAGUGCGCCGUGGUGACCCACCACCGCCUGUGCAAGUCGGACGACGGCACCCUUAUCCCGGACCCCGAGGCGAAGCUGGAGGAGCCGCUGGUCGUCCGCCCUACAAGCGAGACUGUCAUCUGGACCAUGUACAGAAAGUGGAUAGACAGUUACAGAGACCUCCCUUUGAAGCUCAACCAAUGGGCAAACGUGGUCCGGUGGGAGAUGCGGACGAGGCCGCUGCUGAGGUCGGCGGAGUUCCUGUGGCAGGAGGGACACACGGCCCACGCCACCAAGGAAGAGGCUUUGUCCUGCGCUCAAGAGAUGCUGGUCGAGUACUCGACGGCAUGCCGGGAGACCUUGGCGCUACCGACGGUCAUGGGGGUCAAGUCACCCAAGGAGAGGUUCGCGGGAGCAGACGAGACCUACACGAUCGAAGCCCUGAUGCAGAACGGCUGGGCGUUGCAGAGCGGGACGAGCCACUUCCUCGGCCAGAACUUCGCGAGAGCCUUCGAGGUCUACUACCAGACCCCCGACGAGAAGCGAGAGCUGGUUUGGGCGACUUCUUGGGGGGUGACAACGCGUUUGAUGGGUGCGAUGGUGAUGACACACUCCGAUGACUUCGGCCUCAGGCUGCCUCCUGCCGUCGCGCCAAAGCAGGUGGUGAUCGUGCCCAUCACCAAGGGUCCCGGCGAGGACACCGACCUCGUCAACAAGGCAGUGGACGGCGUCGUCGAUCAGCUCAAGGCCGCCGGCGUUCGUGUCAAGGUGGACGAACGGCCCAACAUGCGGCCUGGCGCGAAAUACUUCCAGUGGGAAGCCAAGGGGGUGCCGUUGCCAGUGGAGCUGGGACCAAAAAACCCUAAAGCUGGGGUGGCCAUUGUCCUCAAAAAGAAGGGAGGUGGGGGGCGACAAAGUUUCCAUUCCGACCGACGAGAAUUUCGUGUCUUGCAUCGAGCGACAGCUUGAUGUGGUGAACGAUACCUUGUGGGAGGAGGCACAGGACAAUCUCGCUAAGGGGACGAUUCCGGUGUCGUCGUACGCGGAGAUGAAGGCCCACAUCGAAA